AGGCAAAGGAUGGCAGAAACAGAAGCCCAUGCCGGUUUUUUGCGUUUGUCUUUCACUUUCAGCGCUGUGUGUUGUCCUGUUUGCCCUCUUGUCGUCUAAGCCCACUUACAGACCCACCCGUCCAUCCCAUCUCGAUGGAGCGCCAGUGAACCUGUCGUUGCUGGACUCCUUUGUCCGCCAAUUGGAAGACGGCCUCCUUGGGAACCACUGGUACGGCCAAUGACAUGAGGCCACCGGCUUCCAUGGCCCGGCCUUACGAGCUUGUGUGUGUCAGUGAGCGGUACUGGCGCCAUUCCUUGGACAGGAGCAGCACGCUGCAGGCCCUGGCCUCGACAAAUGAGCCACUCUCGACGCUUGCCGACAGGGCUUUCAGUCUUCGAUAUCACAAGGACACGCUUCUGCGGCUCUCCAUCAGGGUUACAUACAUCCUGGCAGUCGGCCAGUUCAAAUUUUGUUUGUUCCGUUUUGUUUGUGCAGGAUGGGAAGCUCUUCUGCUAUCCUCCGUCUGAGAGCGUGGUGCAAGAGGAGACACAGGACGCAUCCAUGAAAGAGUACAUACAAAUAGACAACACCUGUACAACGAUCAACUGCCGCGGAUAAGCAGAUACAUGAGCACAGUGUUCGUCGACCGACUGAUUGACGCUAUCGAGCAUGCCGGAGCAACCCUCACCCAUGUCGACUUUGGUAAUGAUCUCCCAUUCAUGCUUCCCUUCUUUCCAUUCUCCGUCUUUCACAGCUGUCCACUUCGCAUUCUGCCCAGUCAUAUGGAAAGACAUGAACUAUUCACUGGCGCGUGGUGAAAGGUGUGUCCAGCACCAGUCGACGUUCUACGAUGCAGAUCGGCCACCCACUCUCUUGUUCGGAACCGCCUCAUCCGACCGAUUCAACUGGGACGCGCCGUUCGUGCCCUACUUCACACAUGGUGACAGCGACGAGAGAAGCGUGCGACAGCACCUGGCAGACGCCCUCUACAGCACGGUCGACGGGAGCGAGUCGCUGUAUGUCCGGUUCGACAAAAUGUGGAAAGAGAAGCGGGAGGGACUGUUCUUCAUCGGUGAAGACAGAUUAGUGAAAUGAAGACAGACGAUUCGCAGCUGACUCUCACACAGGGCGGAGGAAUGACCCAUCACGUCUAGAGACGGCCUGCGGUGUGAACGUACUUGAUGAGAGGCUUUCUGAGGAUGUCUUCUUGGCGGACAGCGCAAACAGGAAGAUGCCUCGCAACUACUGUCGCAAAGAAGCAGAGGAAAUGGAACGGUAGAUGCCACACCUCAGUCGUCCAUGCGUCCUCUGGGGUUCUUAUCGCUUACAGGAAGCGCAAGUGCUCAUCCGCCCACGUUUGUCGUGACCUGCCAACCACAGGGCGCGAGUGGCGACGUAGGUUGUCCAGGCAUAAAUACGUGUUGGACAUGUAGGUACUCGUAUAUGGAGGAGGCACGUAUAGACAUUGAUCUGUGUCUCACGCAAGGCCGGGGUUUGGCCCUUGGAGCCACCGGCUCCGCUUCCUCCUCCUGAGUGGAGCCGUCGUGUUUCAGCAGAAGCGCGCCUUCGACUUUGAGCAGUUCUAUGACAGGUGUGAUUGCAUACGGAGUCAGCGCAUACCCCUUUGACAACGACACAGGCCAUUGAAGGAAUACGGCGUAAUUGUGCCCUUCACGGACGCCAAUGAUCUCCUUUCGAAAGUGCGGUGGCUCCAAAAGCACGACGAGGUGGCCAAGAGAAUUGCCUCGGCGGCACACGCCUUCGCGUGGUCCUGUCUCUCUCAAGAAGGUAUGUCAUCUGAUGUACACGUGUGUGUUUUCAUGGAACACGGAUGGAUGUGUGGUGGGUGAAGGCAUUCGUAUGUUCAUCGUCUCCCUGAUGAAGAAGCUGCAGAGCAUCGGGUCGAUGAAAGCGGGGCCUGCGACAGGAGCUUCGCACCGUCGAGUCGCUUUGGACCCAUCCAACCCCCGCGACUUCGCCAGACGGAAAGAAAUUUGUCAAUGGGGUGACGGCAAUGACGUCUUGACGCUGUCUCUCUCAGCCUCUUGACAAUCGUCUGUUUUGUAUUCAUGUGUUGCCCGCUCGGAUUCUUGUUUCUCUUUUUUAAAUGAUG